CAACAAACAUAACAUAUUAAAUGAAUCCCGUUGUAUGAUUUACUGUGAGUUGGUUGGUAGCACUUCUUCCUACCCCGGCUCAACGUUUCCGUUUUAAGUAUAUUUCGACAAGGCUGUCUUUCUUUCAGUGUGUUUCCUUCCUAAACAUUCGUAUCCCAAAAUGACUAAGGGUACAUCAAGCUUUGGAAAGCGCCGCAAUAAGACGCACACACUGUGCCGUCGUUGUGGCCGAUCAUCAUACCACAUCCAGAAGUCCAAAUGCGGACAGUGUGGAUACCCAUCAGCUAAGCUGCGUCACUUCAACUGGUCUGUCAAGGCCCAGAGGAGGAAGACCACUGGAACUGGCCGCAUGAGGCACCUUAAGAUUGUCAGGAGGCGUUUCAGGAAUGGAUUCCGUGAAGGUGGCAAGCCUGUUGCCCGCAAGACCGGCCAGUCAUAGAUCCAAUAAGAUUGUCGCUUAAUAAAAAAAAAUCAGAAAAUUUCAAGAA